AUGGAACUUUAUAAAAAUCGCGUCGCAACUCAAGCUGAUGAAAUCAUGAUAGUAAUUGAUCUAAAUUUCGAGCAAAAGGAAGAAAAAACAAGACAAGCCUUCGCGAAAAUUAUUCAGAGGUGGACUCAUAUAAGAGAUAAUUAUAAUCGAUCAUAUGAAAAGAUACAAGAUCAGAAAAGGUCAAGAAAUGGCGCCAAAACAACAAUACCUUAUGUUUAUAGUGAACAGUUAUCCUUUCUGUAA